CGAUGUAUGUUCCUCAUCCGGAGAAAAAUCUAUGGGCGGUAUCAGCAACAAACUGAAUAGUAGUUGUGCUAGAUUCCUGUCGAUGCUUUAACAAUGACAGAAAAUGGCGACAUUGCGGCACUUGCCCAGCGGAUUGCGUCAGGGGAGUUGAAUUCUGAGGUUGUGACGAGGGCGUAUAUCCACAAUGCAAUUGCAGCGCAGCGUCUUACAAACUGCCUCACCGAAGUCUUGUUUGAAGAUGCUCUGAAACAGGCACGCGAGCUGGAUGCUUACCAAGUCCAGCAUGGCCGGGUGAUGGGUCCGUUACAUGGUGUGCCCAUGACUUUCAAGGAUCAGUUCAAUAUCAAAGGCUACGAUACGACCAUGGGCUACGUUGGCCGCACUUUUCAACCCGCAGCUGAGGAUGCCGCGUUGGUGGACAUGCUAAAACGCCUGGGUGCGGUGGUGCUGGCGAAGACAAAUCUUCCGCAGAGUAUCAUGUGGUGCGAAACUGAAAACCCGCUUUGGGGCUUGACGACCAACCCGACGAGUCAGGAUUAUACCCCUGGAGGCAGCACCGGAGGUGAAUCGGCACUGUUGAGCUUACGCGGGAGCAUUAUCGGCUGGGGAACAGAUAUAGGAGGCAGUAUCAGGAUCCCCACACAUAUGAUGGGCUUGUACGGCCUCAAACCAAGUAGUGCCCGCCUCCCGUAUUGGGGGGUACCGGUUUCAACAGAGGGCCAGGAACAUGUCCCAUCGUCUGUCGGUCCACUGGCCCGCAAUCUCUCAUCCAUACGUCUGGUAAUGAAAGAACUGAUACUCUCAAGACCGUGGGAAUUUGACGCGCGGUGCGCCCCUAUACCUUGGCGAGAAGACGUCUACCAGGAGUUCCGAGCCAAGCACUUGACUGUCGGUCUACUGGUUGAUGACGGUGUUGUUCGACCGCAUCCACCAAUUACCCGAGUGCUCAUGGCUGUGGUAGAGAAACUGAAGCAAGCUGGUCAUGACAUUGUGGAAUGGAAUGCGGAUCUUCAUCCCGAAUGCAUUCAAGUUCUGGACGACUUCUACACUGCCGACGGCGGAGAAGAUAUCCGAAUAGACGUUACAGCGGGAGGCGAGCCCUUCAUCCCUCACGUGGAGGCGCUGGUCAAUAAAGGCAAAGCCAUCUCUGUCUACCAGUAUUGGCAGAUAAACAAGCGAAAAUUCGCCCUGCAACAAGCCUACCUCAAUAAGUGGAAAUCGAUCAAGUCCCCCACUACAGGAAGGCCGGUUGAUGUCAUACUUAUGCCCGCCAUGCCUCAUCCAGCCGUCCCUCACAGGUCUUGUCGCUGGGUUGGGUACACCAAGGUUUGGAAUGUGCUGGAUUACUCGGCAUUAGUCCUCCCUGCUGGAAAGGUGAUGUCUGAGGAUACAGAAGCGCAGUGGAAUUUUGAUUCGAGGAACGAGCUUGAUGAUUGGAACGCGGCGGUUUGGAAGAACGAUGGGGCUCAAAUGGCGGAGCUGGCUCUGCCGGUGGGUAUCCAGCUUAUUGGGAGAAAACUUGAGGAAGAAAAGGUGUUAGCUAUCGGAGCUGUGGUUGAUGGUAUAUUGAGGUGAUAUUUGUAUUAUACCGACUAAGCGUCUGGAUAUGAGAUUGAUAGAGGGGUUCGAAUAGGGGUUGAAUUGUCAUGUGCUCCAUACUUCUCAUAUAUUUCGACAUGGCUCGUCACUCAGAGACAUCGAAUUUAUCAAAGAAUCGAUUGGAGCGUAAGGAUUCGCAUGCUUCAUCUCACAGACAAUGUCGAACACAUUUCAUUAUUUGUUCUUAGGGGAAUUCUUAUUUGAUAGGUCUGAAAUGACGUCUUCAUUUGUGUUGAGUAAGUCUCCCGCGUAGGGAUCAAGUCAAAUAUAGUGCAGCUUCAUUUGUUGUCCUCUUUGGUGUAAUUAAUUACACUGUGCUCUUCUUCAAGAUCUCACCAGGGGGUGCAGGCAUCAUCGCACCCUCGGGGGGUUAUUCUUGCUCUUGAAGUAAUCACACAUCU